AACGACCGAGCGACCGAGGAGAGUGGGGAGCUGAGCCAGACGGGGCGCACGGCGUGCCGCCUAUUUUACGAGACCGCGCGCGGUCAACAACCCGAGUGAGGCAUUUAACAGAGACGGCGCGACAUGCAUGUAACACGGAGUCUAUCUCGCUGCGCGAGAUUACUUUCAAUGUUGAAUAACUCUUGUUUAAAAUGCGAAAUAAUAUUUAAUAUACAUACGAUGUUUUAGACAUUCCAAGAAAUUUGAUUGUCACACGGCCUUGGAGUUUGUUGUUUUUGUGUAUAGCGCGUUGUGCUUACGCAAGGUCACGGCGCUAUCAUUCGUGUUCCGAAACUUGAGCGAACAGGUAGCGGUGCGAUCCGCUCCAUGAUAUCUCACAACAUAUCAAUUGGAUCAUGUAUUUGUAGUUUUGAAUGGUCCAUCGCGUUUCAAUUUAUUAUUAACUCUGUUUUAUUAAUCACGUCGUACUGUGUGGUUCCAAGUUAAACCCGCCGGCUCUGUUUUUGAAUUAUUAACGAAAAGCCGCAGUUCCAAACGUCAAAUAGCUUCAUAGCUUAUUCGCGCGCGUACGAUAAUGCUUGGAUUUUCCCAUCGUAAUAUAAUAAAAUAUUUUAUGAUUGUGUGACGUGAACGUCGGAAGUGCUGCUCCAACUACCGCGCGAUCGUCUAUUCUUUACCGUGAUGUGUAAUUAAUUGGUGUUUCCACGAGUGAGUGUCGUGCCCGUAGAUGUAGAAAAUAUAUUUCUAAAUAUAUUUUUAUGUCCAUGAUCGUGUUACGAAGAAACGAGAGAAGAGGAGGAGAAGAUUCAGGACGGCAUCGGGUGUCGGUAGACCAAUCCUAGAGCUUGUAAGAACCGGCAUGUCUUCAGAAAGACGGGAAAUUGCCAGUGUAUAAGUCGAUACGACUAACAUCGAAUAAUACGCACAGCAAUAAUUUUAUUAUACUUUCCCUACAUUUGCACUAAUAAAACAUUGAACGGGGAAUAGUACGCCGUAAUCCCACUACGUCGACAUAGCUGAGUGAAAAUGAAAGCAGCAUCGCUACAUACAAGAAACUGUAUUAACUUUACAAUUAAUGGAGUUCAGCACACUGUAUCGGGAUGCAUACCGAGUGAUACAUCUCUUAAUGUCUACAUCCGCGAUUACGCAAAACUUCGAGGCACAAAAGUAAUGUGCAACGAAGGUGGUUGCGGAGUCUGUAUUGUGGCUGCAGAAAUCAAGGGCAAGACAAUAGCUGUGAAUUCCUGUUUAGUACCAAUACUAAUCUGCGAUGGAUGGGCCAUUUGCACAAUCGAGGGCUUAAAUAAUAGGCAUGAUGGUUAUCAUACGAUUCAAGCUGCGCUCGCUGACAAAAAUGGCUCACAAUGCGGAUACUGCUCUCCCGGCAUGGUGAUGAAUCUCUAUAGUCUUAUACGUGACAAAAAAUUAUCUAUGCAGCAAAUCGAAAAUUCUUUUGGCGGCAAUAUUUGUCGAUGUACUGGGUAUCGUCCGAUUUUGGAUGCGUUUAAAGGAUUUGCUAACGAUGCUCCUUCAUCAAUGGUGAAAAGCAUUCGCGACAUUGAGGAUUUCUACAAGAUCAAAGCUUGCCCGAAAUUCGAAGCACCAUGUACAAGUAGUUGUCGCGAUGAGCAACUUUACGAAAAAGACACAGCGGUGGACAUAAAAUUAGAGGAUGCGAAAUUUUACAAAGUUUACUCACUCGAUGAUCUAUUCGCGAUAUUUCAACAAAACCUGAACGCUACGUACAUAUUAAAUGGAGGAAAUACUGCACACGGUGUUUAUCGGUCUAGCAAAAAAAAUCUCUACAUAGAUAUAAACGAUAUCCCAGAUUUACGCCGCAUUGAAAAAACCAAUGAUUACUUGGUCCUAGGCGGAAAUACAUCUCUUAGCGCGGCUCUGGAAGCCUUUCAAAAGUAUUCAUCCGAAGACGGAUUUAAGUAUCUACGUCAUUUGGCGCGUCACGUAGACUUGAUUGCACACGUACCUGUGCGAAACAUCGGCAGCAUUGCCGGUAAUCUGAUGAUCAAGCACACGCACAACGAAUUCCCAUCCGACAUGUUUUUACUGUUAGAAACCGCCGGUAGUAAAAUACAUAUUCUCGAGAGAUCCGAUAGCAAGCAGAGCGUGACGCUGUUGGAUUUUCUGAAACUCGAUAUGCAUCAUAAGAUCAUAUAUAGCGUUGUUUUGCCGCGGCUAUCUGACGAGUACGAAUAUAGGUCAUACAAGAUUAUGCCUAGAGCUCAAAAUGCUCAUGCUCACGUCAACGCCGGCUACCUCUUCAAGCUCUGUCCUAAAGGCACGGUGCUGGAGAGGCCCAACAUUAUCUAUGGCGGCAUCAACAAGCAUUUUUCGCACGCAACGAACACGGAGUUAAUGUUAAUCGGUAAAUCAAUCCUAGACAAUCAGAUGCUGAAGACCGCUCUAAAGACGUUGCAUGAUGAACUCCAACCCGACCAUGUGCUACCGAACUAUUCGCCCGAAUUCCGCAGGACUCUUGCUAUAGGAUUAUUUUAUAAGUGUGUGUUGAGCCUCAAACCGGAGAACGUAAACCCUAGACUUCGUAGCGGAGGUUCCUUGUUAGAACGUGGUCUCUCUUCAGGUACACAGGACUACGAUACGGACAAAAACAUGUGGCCAGUGAAUAAGCCUAUACCAAAAUUAGAUGCUAUCAAACAAACAUCGGGCGAAGCUCAAUAUUGCAACGAUUUGCCUCCGUAUCCUGGGGAAGUGUUUUGCGCAUUCAUCCUGACGGAAAUCGGUAAUGGCAAGAUCGACAGUAUAGAUGCGAGCAAGGCGCUUUCUAUGAAGGGAGUAGUGGCAUUCUUCAGUGCCAAGGAUGUACCGGGAGAAAAUCUGUGCAUUUCCGCUGCCAGUCAAUUGGAACGUUUGACAAAUGACGAAUUGUUGUUUGCCGAAAAAGACGUUCUUUAUGCCGGUCAGCCAGUUGGCGUGAUCGUCGCGGAGACGCACAAUUUAGCGAAUGAGGCCGCGAAAUUAGUGAAAAUUAACUACAGCGAGAUUCUAAAGAGAAAGCCUGUAAUAAGUAUUGAGGAUGCGCUCGCCACGGAUGACGACACCAGAUUCAUGAACAGCAGCAAUGUGCCAGCAACCAAGAAAGGAGAAAAUACUAAACGAGUGAUAAAGGAUAUUUUUCAAUGUGGCAGCCAGUAUCACUACACCAUGGAAACUCAGUCUUGCGUAUGUAUACCUGUGGAAGAUGGUAUGGACGUUUACCCAUCAACGCAAUGGAUGGACCUCAAUCAAGUAUCGAUUGCAAAUUGCCUCAAUGUUAAAAAUAAUAGUAUUAAUGUCUAUGUGAGGCGACUUGGAGGAGGAUACGGAGGAAAGGAGAUUCGCAAUGUGCAAAUCUCGUGUGCCUGCGCGCUGGUAUGUCACAAACUGAAGCGUCCAGCGCGUUUUGUCAUGACGAUAGAGAGCAAUAUGCAAUCGCAAGGAAAACGAUUUUUUGCACGUCAAGAGUAUGAGAUUGGGAUAGACGACGGGGGAGUUAUUCAAUAUCUUGAUUCAAGACAGUGGAGCAACAAAGGCUGUGAUUUCAACACUGUUUUAGGUGCCACAAUAGUUAACGCCAUGAAAAACGGCUGUUACGCGACUGAUAGUUGGAUGUUCAAUGGAUUUGAUGUACGAACUGAUUUACCAUCAAACACGUUCUGUCGAGCGCCGGGAUUCACAGAAGGGAUAGCCAUGCUGGAAAAUAUGAUGGAGCACAUUGCGAGAGUGACGAAAAAGGAUCCGGUACAAGUCAGAUUGGCGAAUAUGAACGAUGUGGAUAAAGCCGCGUUAGAAUUAAUGAUAAAGGGUUUAUCGAAAUCGGCCGAUUACGAGAUACGGAAGCGAGAAGUUGAGACGUUUAAUAAUGAAAAUCGCUGGAAGAAAAAAGGCAUUGCUCUGGUGUCAAUGAAAUAUCCAUUAACUUACGUGGGCCAAUUUAAUGCUAUGGUGUCAAUUUGCGCUCGCGAUGGUACGGUUUGCGUGACGCACGGUGGGAUUGAGUGCGGCCAAGGUAUAAAUACGAAGGUUGCUCAAGUGGCUGCCUACACACUGGGGAUUGAUCUAGAAUUAAUCUCUGUCAAACCAAGCAAUAAUAUAAUAGCACCUAACAAUUUUGCUACUGAAUCCAGCAUUGCUAGUGAUUCAUGCUCAUAUGCAACGAUCCAAGCUUGCAAAGAGAUUCUAAAGAGACUCGAGCCAAUAAGGAAGGAAAUGAACAACCCCAACUGGAAGGAGCUUGUUUUUAGGGCGUAUCAAAACGACAUUGAUUUAUGCGCGCGUCAUAUGUUUGCAACCACACGGGACGAUACGAUCAAGCCUUACAGCAUUUAUGGCGUCACCAUCGCCGAGGUGGAAAUCGACGUUUUGACCGGCCAGCAUAUUAUCAGAAGAGUCGAUUUAAUGGAAGACACUGGUGUAAGUUUGAGUCCCGAAAUUGACAUUGGCCAGGUGGAAGGAGCAUUUGUAAUGGGAAUAGGAUACUGGACUUCCGAGGAUCUGGUGUAUGAUCCUAAAACAGGAAUGUUAACCAAUGACAGAACCUGGAACUAUAAACCGCCAGGAGCAAAGGAUAUUCCCGAAGACUUUCGCGUAUCUUUCCGCAGAAAUGCACCUAAUCCACUCGGUGUUCUUCGAUCGAAAACAACUGGCGAACCACCGAUUUGUAUGAGCUGUGUAAUUCCCAUCGCAAUUCGGAACGCGUUAAAUUCUGCUAGGGCAGAGGCAGGGAAUACGGAUGAAUGGUAUCAAUUAGAUGGACCGUGUACUACCGAACGUAUACUUCUAAGCAGUUUAACCAGCACAAACAACAUGAUGCUUUAAGAGUGGAAAAUAAAAAAAAUCGAGUGGGAAUUUUACGAAUAAACAAGAGCUUCAAAUAAAUUCUAUAUUUACACCCACAGAAAAUUUCUAGAUUUCAAUGUCAUUACAUUUCUAUGUAUUAAAAUAGAAUUAAUAAAGAAACAAUUAUAACUA